CGUAAGCGCGCCUGGAGAGACGCAAAGAAGUUGGGUAUACAUCAAGAGAAGUCACAAUAUGCGUCUUGUGUUCGGUGAUACGUUCGCCAUGAACCCCAAGAGGAUUCGGAAUCGGCUGUAUAGUACUCGUUGCUGCGGCUGUUGUCAUGUCCGCACUGGGACCAUCAUACUGGGUACCAAGUAUAUGGUGGUGUAUUUGCUUAUGGGAAUUUUACUCACUGUGAAAGUGACCCAUCCUGAUACAGUGCCAUCUGUGGAUAUACAGUAUGAAGUUAUUGGAAACUACUAUUCUUCAGAGAGAAUGGCUGGUGAGUCUGCCAACGUGCCCUCAUUGCCAGAAAAUGCCUGUGUUCUCUUUGCGAUCUCCCUUCUUAUGUUUGCUAUGAGCGCAAUGAUGGUCUAUGGAGCAAUCACCCAUCGAGCAGGUUGGUUGAUUCCGUUUUUCUGCUAUCAACUCUUUGACUUUGCCCUUACUUGCCUACUUGCAAUCAGUUCUCUUACAUACCUGCCUGGAAUUAAAGAUUAUAUAAAGCAACUGCCAGACUUUCCGUACAAGGAUGAAAUGCUCACCAUGGAUUCUAGCUGUCUCUUGUUCAUUGUCAUCCUGUUGGGUGCUUUUAUCAUCCUUCUGAAGGCCUAUCUGAUUAAUUGUGUGUGGAACUGUUACAAGUAUAUAAGCAACAGAAAUGUGCCUGAUAUUGCGGUGUAUCCAGCUUUUGAAGCUCCUUCACAGCAGUACAUUCUUCCUACGUAUGAGAUGGCUGUAAAGAUGCCAGAGAAGGAUCCUCCUCCGCCUUACCUCCCAGCUUAAAAUAUUUCAUUUUCAUUUUAAUUCUGCUUAAGAAUGGUCCAUAUUAUUAUCAUUGUUCUCUGACAUUCUACAGAAUUAUACAGUUUUAAAAAAAAUAUAUAUUUUUAUGUAUUCUGAUAUCUGUAUUGCCUUAACCCUUGAAUGAUGAUUUUUUUUUUUGAUGUUAUGAUAAUGACAAUCUUAAAUUGGUUACAGUUUACUUGGGAGUUUAGUUGUGGGAAAUAAAAAGGAUUAGUUGUGGUACUUUUUGUUUUAUGUGUAUCUAUAGUACUUUUUUGUAUCGUUUUUCUUAUAUUCAUAGUUUUGUUGUAUUGCCCAACACUUUCACUGCUAGAGAGCCAAGUAAUAUGUUGCACAUAACGCUUUUGUGUCUAAUCAAAAGGAGAAAGAAGAAUAAAAUAAAUGCUGGGUAUGUUAAAAAGUUACUUUUUUGACAUUUGCAGAAAGUUGGUACUGUAAAUAAAGAUACAGAAGUAUUUAA